GAGACAUGGAUCACCUGCUGCUGCUGCUGAUGCUACUGCUCUGUAGCUCAGGACUCCAGGCUGAAGGAGAACACACCUCAACAGAGCCUGGUGUUAGGCUGGUGGGAGGAGAGACUCGCUGUGCAGGAGACCUGGAGGUGGAACAUCAGGGAAAAUGGAGACCAGUGGAGGGCUAUGACUCUCUCAGGACCCUGAAGGAUGCAGGAGUCGCCUGCAGAGAGCUCGACUGUGGCUCUGCUGUUUCUGUGGGGAGAAAUAAGUCCUCAUGGAGAUAUGUGUGGAAGAUCAUCUCUAACUGUGUUAAGUCUGGAUCUGCUCUGAGGGAGUGUGCAGAAACAUUUUUCUCUGACUACAUCCUGAAUCUCACCUGCUCAGACUCUGUCAGGCUGCUGGGGGGGACUGGUCUGUGCUCAGGCAGACUGGAGGUGAAGUCUAACCAGUCUAACCAGUCUAACCCGUCCUGGUCCUCAGUGUGUGAGGCUGACUUUGACCAGCAGGAUGCUCAGGUGGUCUGCCGGCAGCUGGGCUGUGGGGCUCCUUCAGUCCUCCAGGGGGCGCUCUAUGGAGAAGGGGAGGCUCCAAUGUGGACCAAAGAGUUCCAGUGUGGAGGCCAUGAGUCUGCUCUCCUGGACUGUAGCUCAGCCUCAGAGAGAAACACCUGCUCACCUGGCACAGCUGUUAGCCUCACCUGCUCAGAGCCUGGUGGUGUUAAGAUGGUGGGAGGAGAGAGUCGCUGUGCAGGAGACCUGGAGGUGGAACAUCUGGGAGAAUGGAGACCAGUGGAGGGCUAUAAAUCUCACUGGACCCUGAAGACAGCAGGUGUUCUCUGCAGAGAUCUCGAUUGUGGAUCUGCUGUUUCUGUACGGAGAGAGAAGUCCUCAGAGAGAUCUGUGUGGUGGAUCAGUCCUCUCUGUAUUCUGUCUGGAUCUGCUCUGAGGGAGUGUGCAGCAUCACUUCUCUCUUCCUCCUUCCUGAAUCUCACCUGCUCAGAUAAGCUGUUUCAGCCCAACAUCUCUGUGUCCUGCUCCAUGUAUGGGGUCUCCGGGGCCCAGCAGCAGGGGUUCCAGGUGUUCAGAGGCUCCACCUUCACCAUCAGUUGCUCCAUCCAGCCUCAGUACCCAGGAGGCUCCUUUCAGCUCAACUUCACCUCCAUCAACUCAGCAAACAACUACACCCAGCCAGCUGUCAAUCACUCUGCCCACUUCCUGUUCCCGGCUGCAGAGCCCGCCCACCAGGGAAGCUACAGCUGUGUUUAUCACGUCUCUGCUUUUUCUCAGGACUUCUCCUCUGAGAGCCGUCUGCUCUCCGUCACCGUCACAGAUCCAGAACCUUUUAUCAUCCGAGCCGUCGUCCUGCCGCUGACUCAGCUGCUGGUGACCAUCGGCCUUUACUUCUACUGUAAGGCCACCAGGGGGCGGAGGCCGAGCCGACAGGAGGACAUUGAGCUGGAUUAUGAUGACCUGGGUGUUCCUGCUGAAGAGGAAGGAGCUCGGGGAGCAGAGUAGCAGCUCCAAGGAGCUCCUCUCACACACAUGGGUUUAUCAGCUCUUAUAGCUUUUAACCAACGUUAGAAAAUAUAGCUUUUACUCUGAAAGUCACCAGCAAUGUGUCAGUGCCUCAUGUUUCCUGACUUCCUGUCAGCUCCAAGCCCAUUGGUUCCCACUGAAGAUGAAGAUCUUUACAACACAUCACAAGUUAGUUUUAUUAUGAAAAGUCAAUGCAGUCGGUGCAGUUUGAAACCACAGACACACCAACCCAGGCCGCUCAGGAACUAAGUUGGCCAAUUAAUGCCAUAUAUUAAUGUUCAAAUAUCCUCUAAAAACAGUGUUACAAUACCCAAUGUUUGAACCUAAUGUAGUGAUUCCUGAGAUAACAGGAGGAACGUGUUACAGCGCCACCUAGUGUUGGAUUUGUAGACCUCGAUAGUAGCUUGAUUUUGGUCUGAAGAGAUUGUUUGUAAAAAAAAAAGAAGCUUUUUCAGAGAAAUCCGAUUAUAUUUGUAAUUUGCCAAAAUGUAUAAGAUUUUAACUUUUCUUUAAUGUUCUUAUUUCACAUGUACUGAGCUCAGUUUGUAAUCAUUUUCAAUCAUUCAGGAUUUUUCUUACGUUAUAUCAUUUUUGAUGGUAUUUUCUGUAUGUUGUAGUAAUUUAGCUGUUUUGAAGAACUCCACCUAUUGGAGAGCAUUCCCAAAUUCUUAAGAUAUUAAAUACUAACAUGUUGUAAUUACAAAUGUACAUCAUUUGGUAGAAGUUUCCUUUUUAAAAGGUAAUGUGCUUUGUUAUGUGAUCAAGAUGUGCUUGUUUUUGUAUUAUUGAGGAUUGUACUUAUUUCACAAGAUGAUCAAUAAUAUGUAAUCAUUACUUUUUGGACUUUUAUGAAACAUUUUAAUUUCUUUAGAAUUUCACUUUUUUCAAAGAAUUCAGAUUAUUUUUGUGAUUUAGGAUUUUCCCAAAUUCAGGAAAUUAAUGAUUUCGUACUUAAAAUGUUAACAUUGUCCGCAAACAAGUGUUGUGAUUUUGGAACCGAGAAAUGUUUUUGCUUCAUGAGAAUUUUGAUUGAUUUAGUUGUUUUUUGCAUUUCUGAAGAAUUUAGCUUUCGCCAAUUAAGGUUUUUUGAUGUGGCUUUUUUUAACAAAUGUUGUAUUUGAAUAUUUUUCAUGAUUUUGCUUAAAUCUUGCAUCACAAAUUCUACUUGAUUUUAUAAUGAAGAGUUUUGACCGAUUUGGUUUCCAUGAGAUUACGAUGAAGCAAAUCGUCUUAAAUUCUGAACACAGCAGAAUCCUCCAGAAACCAUGACGAUGUUCAACAUCACUGUAAUAAAUGCUGUCAUUUGCUAUGUACCAAAAAAAUAAUAAAACUUCUUUAAUAAUC